AUGAAGCUAUUUCUCCUCGGCUUACUGCCGGCCCUUAUCUACGGAUAUUCAUGUCCGUCAGAUGCCGGACUCUUCAGGGACCCAGAGGACUGUUCCAAGUACUACCAGUGUUACUCCGGACGGGCUCAUCAUAAGGACUGUCCCGGCGGAUUAGUGUUCAACUGGAAACACAAGUACUGUGACUGGCCAGCAAAUGUGGACUGUACUCCCGGACCCACCCCUAAACCAACACCUAAACCUACUGAUCCACCAACACAGGCACCGGAACCCACCAAGGAGCCUAAGCCUACACCUAAACCUGGCGUGGGAAUCGAAGCGUUCUACAAAGAAGAAGACUUCAACAAAAUGUUCCCUAACCGAAAUAUCGGAGGUAAAGCCAAAUACAAAAUCUACGAGUACAAAUAUUUCCUGGCUGCAUCCAAGAAGUUCCCCACCUUCGGAACUCAGGGAAGCCUGGCAAUGAGGAAACGAGAGGUUGCCGGAUUCCUGGCUCACAUUGCCCAGGAGACAACAGGAGGCUGGGAAACUGCCCCCGGAGGAAGAUACGCUUGGGGACUUUACUUCCCUGAGGAGAUGGGUUGUGAUAAGGGUAACUGUGCCCCUUACUGUGCUGUUGUCCCAGAUUACCCCUGUGUUGCUGGAAAAGGUUACCACGGCAGAGGUCCCAUCCAGAUCUCCUACAACUACAACUACGGGCUGUUCAGUAAGAUGUAUCUUGGAGACAAGAUGAUCCUCCUGAACGACCCAGAUAGGAUUAAGAAGGACGGUGAGCUCGCCUUUGUUUCCGCUCUCUGGUUCUGGAUGACUCCUCAGUCACCAAAGCCUUCUUGUCACGACGCCCUGGUCGGAAACUGGAAACCAACUGCAAAGGACCUGAAAUGUGGACGAAGAGCCGGAUUCGGAGUUACAAUCAACAUCGUUAAUGGAGGAGUUGAAUGCAACCACAAGCCCAUGAAAUCCAAGACCUUCCACCGAGUUGAAACCUACAAGCUGUUCUGUAAGAACCUAGGAACAACUCCAGGAGCUAACCUGAAUUGUGAAACUCAGCAACAGUUCGCUGCUUUCUGCGGAUAAGCUGCAGAGAGUGUACACGAGAUGAACCCCCUAGGAUGAUUCCUUUUUUUUCCUUUAAUCACAAAUAUCAUGUAACCAAUUAACUCUUCACCAAA